AGUUGUUACCCUGCAGGAUUCGCGUACUUGAUCCGUUGGUAUAUCUUUGACUAUGCCUCGACUCUAUAUAAUGAUAAGGUCCAGUACGAGGAAUCUCUCCAUACUUCCACGACGGGCAUGCCCGUUUUGCAAACACCAGCAAACCGGUCGUCUCUUUGAACCCGCCAUCGAUUCAGCUCGUCGGCAUCCGAGACACCCUGUCAAGGAGAAGUUUCAAACAAACCAAGAUGGUCAACUUAUCUGCUAUUCGUGUUGGUCCCGUGCGAUACAACUCGCCAUGGACUCAGGUCAUCAUUCUCGGUUUCGUAACUUUCUGUUCGGUGGGCAUGUUCAGUGCUGUCUCAAACUUGGGCGCUGGUGGAACUAUGGAUACUCAAUUGAGUGACAUAGCCAACAGUGUUCUUUACGCAGUAUUUGCGAUUACAGGGUUCUUCGCUGGCAGCAUCAAUAACGUCCUAGGUCCCCGCCUGACCUUGUCUCUCGGCACAACUGGGUACUCUCUCUACAUUGGAUCUCUCUGGUGUUUUCAAAAGAAUGGGACAAGAUGGUUUCUUAUCCUCGCCGGUGGGAUUCUCGGUUUCACUGCCGCUCUGCUCUGGGCUGCGCAAGGUGCCAUUAUGAUGUCGUAUCCUCUUGAGAAGGACAAAGGCCGCUCGUUUUCUCUCUUCUGGUCUAUCUUCCAGCUUGGGACCCUUGUUGGCUCUGCUAUCGCUUUGGGCAUCGAAGCCCACUCGACCCUCCCAUCCGUUUCCACUGGUGUCUACCUAGCUUUCAUGAUCAUCAUGUUGACUGCCAUUGUGACAAGCUGGCUGCUUCUGCCUCCCCAUCUGGUCGUUCGUGGCGACGGGACUGUUCCUCUCCUCGAGGACUCCAUUAGUCCUAGGAGGGAGUUGCAUGAGUUCGUCCAGCUCUUCAAGGACUGGAGAAUGCUUGCACUCUUCCCCAUGUUCUUCAGUUCCAAUUACUUCUACGCUUACCAGGGUGCCAUCACCGCUUUCUUGUUCAAUGGUCGUACGCGAGCGCUUACUGCCCUCCUCACUGGUCUUGGAUCUAUCGUUGGAUCUAUCCUGAUUGGGUUUGUGACUGACCGACUCCCUUUCGGCCGCCGAGCUCGAGCUUUGGGUGGUGUUGUCGCCGUUCUGCUCAUGAACAUCCUCAUCUGGUGCGCUGGCAUAGGCUUUCAGGUCAAAUUCACCCGCGCUGAUGAGGUUAUUCUUGGUGAUAAGCGUCCUUGGGACUGGAGCGUUCACGCAGCUGCUGGGCCCAUUGUACUCUUAAUGGCCUACUACAUUGCGGACGCCAUGUACCAAGGCCUGGCUUACUACACGAUGUCAGCAAUGUCGAACGAUCCAUUCAAGCUCGCCCGUAUGGCUGGCUACUACAAGGGUGUUCAGAGCGCCGGCUCUGCUGUCUCAUUCGGCAUGGAUGCUGUCAAGACUGCAUUCCUCGGCGAGAUCCUGAUCUCGUGGCUCAUGCUGCUCAUCUCUCUGCCUCUUUGCGCAUGGGUUCUCAUGACCAUUCGCGAGACCAACUAUGAGGUCGAGGGAACUGCUCGUGUUGAGACUAUGUUGGAGGAGAAGAACAUCGCACAUGAGCACAAGAAUACUCCGGAGGAGAAGACCGAAGCCAUCGCGAUGCCCGAGGGUCAAGGCGGCCCUAAAAUGGACAAUGUCGUCUGAAGCAGCUUCGAACGUGCGGGUCUUUUCGAUGGGAGCCUAAUGACUUUGGUAUAACAUACAUGCCGUCGGCAAUCGACGGGAAAUAAGGCUGGGGAAAGCAGGGGAAUAUACUUGAUAGUGGUCUAAGGUUUUGACAGUACCCGUAUCACAGUAGCCUAGGGAGCCUCCCUAGCCUCGGGCUUCUAGGCAUCCCUUGCCCCCAGCCAAAGCUUAAACGCUGCGACUCAAGUUAG